AAAAUUACGGUAUAAAAAAAUAACAAGACGUUGAUUUCAUAUUGACUUCACUUAACAACGCGCAGCAAAACAAAGCCGGCCGCGUCUCUUGCUUUGAGCUUGCCCUGCAUUAUCUAAUCGAACAAAAGAGAAUAGCAAUGUCGACGAAAGAGAGAUGCUCCCACCUUCAAAGAUUCUGGGCGAGGAAGAGUGCUGUUGGUGAGAGCGUGACAAAGCAAGAGAUUGCCGAGUUCUGGAGGCAAAAACUUGACGAGGAACAGGAUCACCUGCUUUAUGCUAUCAAGGCUGCAGCACGUCUCAGGGCUCACAAUCUCUCGGAGGAUGAUUACAAGCUCUUUGAAGAAUCGCUGAAGGAUGAUGAUGACAUUAAAGAGAACGUCAAAAGCACAGAAUAUGGGAAGAACAGUGAAAUGCGUUUGGGAAUAAACGACUGGUGGACAAAGAGCAAGUAUGCACACUUGAACCAACCUGCCAUUGAGUCGCUGGAUCCUCCCAAAAAGGCAGUCUUUUAGUUAUACCACCAAGAAUCUCUCUUUUAAUCCCACAGUUCCCCUGUGUUAGUUCCCCUGUGUUCAAGUCCUCAUGGCUAUUUUUAGCCGCCGUCGAAUUAGUUUCAGUUCAUCGAAUUGCCUGACUUUCUUGAAGUUGCUUUUCUUUUUCUUUCUGUUAUAAGAGAGAUGUUUGAACCUCUGACCUCUUCUGAAGAGGCUAAUAUAGUUGGAUUACAAUUUUAUUGGCA